AUGGCAUCUUCAACGACUCGGGGUGCAGCAGCCCUCAAUGCAUUCCCGUCAAAACCGCGUGUCUUCAUUCUGACAGACAUCACCAACGAACCUGAUGAUGCGGAAUCCUUCUGCAGGUAUCUCACCUAUUCUAAUCAAUUUCGCACAGAAGGUGUAGUUGCCGUCACUUCAACAUGGCUCAAAAAUAAGGUCGCGCCGCAAAAUCUCCAUGAUAUCGUUAAUGCAUACGAGAAAGUGGUUGAUAACCUCAACGCACAUGCCCCUGCGGACUCCCCGUACCCGUCAGCGCAGAGCGUAAGGGACCUGAUCAAGUCUGGCCCUCCGGUUUAUGGUAUGGAAGCCGUGGGUGACGAUAUACCGCUCAGCGAGGGAGGUGAACUUCUUCUUGAGAGGUUGACGACGCCUGAAGAAGAGCCUCUCUGGGUUCUCGUCUGGGGUGGGGUCAAUGUGCUUGCCCAAGUCCUCAACAAGAUCCGCAACCGCUCAGACGCAGCCAAGCUGCGACAGAAGUUGCGCGUCUACACAAUCUCCGAUCAAGACGAUUGCGGAGGCUGGAUCCGCCAACAAUAUCCCGAGAUCUUCUACAUUUGCUCCAUUCACGGCUGGAACCAGUACCAAGCUGCCGCAUGGACUGGUAUUUCGGCCCCUUGCUCUGGCGAUGUGGGAGGACCUGAUGGCUCAAAGGUGACCCACGAAUGGGUCAAAGAAAACGUUCAGAUUGGUCCUCUGGGCGCCGCAUACCCGGAUUUCGAGUUCAUCAUCGAGGGAGACACGCCCACGUUUUUGUACCUCAUUCAAAACGGCCUGGGCGUUCCAGAAGAGCCUCUCUAUGGAUCCUGGGGCGGCCGCUAUAUUCCAGUGAAUGUGAGCUCAAAGGGACUUUCUUCCAGGGGUCAUUUUGCCGACGCCAUCGACACUGUGACUGGUGUGGACGGCAAGCCGCACAGGUCCAACCAAGCGACCAUCUGGCGGUGGAGGAACGCUUUCCAGGACGACUUUGCCGCACGCAUGCAGUGGACUUUGACAUCUGAUUUCGGCAAGGUCAACCAUCAUCCAAUCGCAGUUGUGAAUGGCGAUGCCAGCUUGGCGCCCAUUAACGUCGAAGCCGAUGCGGGAGGCGUUGUUAUUUUCGAUGCGUCGGGAAGUUACGAUCCCGACGGUGACAAACUCAGCUUCAAAUGGUACCAAUACCGCGAGCCAAGUUCAUUGCAGACGUAUCACGGAUUGGAGGUGUCUGACAUUGAGAUCAAGGUUCUCAACGACGGCGGAAGUAAGGUGGAGGUCAAGAUUGCGCCUGCGGAGAAGUCCUGCAUUGUGGUUAGGGAAAAGAUUCCCCUGGAACGAGGCUUGCCGCUGCACUUAAUACUUGAAAUCACGGAUAGCGGCUCGCCUGCGUUGACGAGCUACCGCAGAGUGAUAAUACAACCUGUUGAUAGAAACUUUGCCUCUAGGAAGUAG